AUGAAGUUCCUCGCAUGGACGUUGGCAUUGCCAUUCUUUGCAGAAGCUGCUCCAACAUUAGCCACGACUAGUGAAGCAUGCACAAUCAAGAACCAAAGAAAAGCUUGGCACACGCUCACCCGCAUCGAGAAGCUCGCCUACAUCACCGCCGAAAAAUGUCUCAUGACCUUGCCAGCGAAAUUAGGGCUCAAAGGACCUCGCACGCGCUUCGAUGAGUUCCAAAAAGUACACGUCCUCGCGACAGAAUCGGUCCAUUUCGUAGGAGCGUUCUUGCCCUUCCACCGGUACCUCAUAUAUGCGCAUGAAAGCAUCCUCCAAACAGAAUGCAACUACACCGGCGCUCAACCUUACUGGGACGAGCCACUUGAUGCCGGCAACUUCUCUUCCUCUGUUGUGCUCGAUGCAGUGACGGGCUUCGGAGGAAAUGGUGCAGGACUGAGUAAUUGCGUCAACGACGGGCCGUUCAAAGACUACGUCAAUGCUAUUGGGCCGUUUCAGCAAAUCACGGAUCACUGCAUUGAUCGAAGGAUCGACGACUGUGCGAGUGCGCAGGCCGCGUCGAAGGAUUUCCGCAUGGUGCUGGCCAUGGUGGAAUCGGUGGACAGGUGA